AUGCCUCACGCCGACUCCUCCUACUUCUCAACCUCUCAGGAACCCACCAAGGCAGAGGUAUACGCACAGGUCCUCGAACAAGCCAAAGGCCUAGUAACAGGCCAGCGCAAUUGGGUCAGCAACUUCUCCAACAUUGCCUCCCUCCUCUGGCACGCCUACGCCGCCCUCCCGUCCCCCUCCUCCUCCGUAAACUGGGCUGGCUUCUACAUCCGCCAGGACAAAUUCCCCUCGCUCGGCUCCCAGAACACACCAAGCGACAACAAUAGCAGUAUCCUACUACUAGGCCCAUUCCAAGGCCGCCCCGCCUGCCAGGAGAUUCGCUUCGGGCGGGGCGUGUGCGGUUCCGCGGCCGAGAAGCGCGAGACGGUGAUUGUCCCGGAUGUGUUGAGUUUCCCGGGGCAUAUUGCCUGUGACGCGAGCAGUCGGAGUGAAAUUGUGGUGCCGAUUUUGGUUGGUGGGGAGACGGUUGCGAUCAUCGAUGUUGAUUGUACGGAGCCGGCGGGGUUCGAUGAGGAGGAUAAGAAGUGGUUGGAGGAGCUUGCGUCGCUUCUAUCGGAGUGUUGUGAUUGGUAA